AUGGGUCAAGAAGACGCCGUCUACCUCGCCAAGCUCGCCGAGCAGGCUGAGCGCUAUGAAGAAAUGGUUGAGAACAUGAAGAUCGUUGCCUCGGCCGAUGUUGAGCUCACCGUUGAGGAGCGGAAUCUCCUGUCUGUCGCCUACAAGAACGUCAUUGGUGCCCGCCGUGCGUCCUGGAGAAUCGUCACCUCAAUCGAGCAGAAGGAGGAGUCCAAGGGCAACGAGGGCCAGGUUACUCUGAUUAAGGAGUACCGCCAAAAGAUCGAGGCCGAGCUUGCCAAGAUCUGUGACGACAUCCUCGAGGUCCUCGACGACCACCUCAUCAAGUCCGCCCAGAGCGGUGAGUCCAAGGUCUUCUAUCACAAGAUGAAGGGUGACUACCACCGUUACCUCGCCGAGUUCGCCAUUGGCGACCGCCGCAAGGGUGCCGCCGAUGCCUCCCUCGAGGCCUACAAGGCUGCCACCGAGAUUGCUCAGACCGACCUUGCUCCCACCCACCCCAUCCGCCUUGGCCUGGCCCUCAACUUCUCGGUCUUCUAUUACGAAAUCCUGAACUCCCCCGACCAGGCCUGCCACCUUGCCAAGCUGGCCUUCGAUGAUGCCAUUGCUGAGCUCGACACCCUCAGCGAGGAGAGCUACAAGGACUCCACCCUGAUCAUGCAGCUCCUCCGAGACAACCUGACUCUCUGGACCUCUUCUGAGGCCGAGCCCGCCCAGGAGGGUGGUGCCGCCCCCGAGAAGAAGGAGGAAGAGGCUGCUCCCGCCCAGGAGGGUGAGAAGCCCGCCGAGUAA